AUGCCUACACAGAUCCAGUAUUAUAACUCGUCGCCUUCAGUGACCGGCAUCCUGCAGCCUCCGACAGCACCGGGUCCGUGUGGCCAGAUCAGGCCAAGAGAUGUUUAUCCAAUGGCGACAGUGCCACGGAUCCGACCUGCCACCGGAUUUCAGUUCAGAGACGUAUCUCCACCACGCGGGAAGCCAACCUGGAACGAUUCCCGCAAGUCGGAAGCUCGGAACAAUUCCCUGCGCAGAUACAAAGUCAGCCUGAACCACAGACCGGUGGAAUCUGUCCUGAGCAAAAGAGCGCCGUUUGCAUCCCGCACUUUCAGUGCCAGUUCGGGGGGCCAUCGCUAUAGGAACGGACACACGGACACCCUCUCGUUUUAUAACCCGAUGAAUGAUCCCCACCUGUACGACUACUACGCCAAGAAAUUCGGAUUAGAGGUCAACCCGCGGCCCCCCACGGCGAAGCGUUCGCAGAGCGCCCCAACCAACCGGACCGGCCUUCGCCCGGCGUCUGCGGCUGCCAAGAAAGUACUUUACAAAGUAGUGGUGAAAACCGGAGAGAAGAAGCGCGCGGGAACUGAUGCGCGGGUCUUCAUACAGAUGAAAGGAACCAAAGGAAAAAUUAAUAAGACCCAUCUAUAUAAAGAUCCCAAAUCUGGCACAUUGGACAAGAAUUCCACGUUUACGUUCAGUAAAGGAUCCACCCACGCUUUCAAAGUGUACGGCCCGGAGAUCGGCGACGUCAGGAACAUCACGCUAGAACACGAUGGGUUGGAGGAACGGCAGGCGUGGUACGUGGAAGAGAUUUAUGUAACUAACGUGAAGCGGGAUAAGACGUGGCACUUCCCGUGCCGGAGGUGGUUCUCUUUGUACCACACAGACUGCCAGAUCAGCCGGACGUUAACGCCGGGCAGUAAAAGUGGCCACAACCAGCUGGAUGGAAAAAAGGGGGACCACACCGUAUAUGAGGUGGUCACCAUAACGGGGGAUGUCCGGGGGGCCGGUACCGACGCCAAUGUAUUCGUCACCCUGUUUGGAGAAUUCGGGAUUACUCCGAAGAUUCACCUCACCAGCAAGAGUAGAACGGCUUUCGAGAGGUCAAAAACAGACGUGUUCCGCGUCAAAACAAACAACGUCGGGCCGCUGAAAAAAAUAAGAAUCGAGCACGAUAACACGGGAAUGAACGCCGGCUGGUACCUCGACCGAGCCAUCGUAACCGACAUGAACAGACCUCACCUUCGCUUCUACUUCCCGUGCAACAACUGGCUGAGCAAAGAGGAUGGAGACGGACUUUAUGUCCGGGACCUCCUGGGGAGCCUCAAUCCCAUGGACGUGCCUAAAAUGAAUAAAUAUAUUGCCCGGGUAUUUACCGGCUCAGGCAAUGGGAGUGGGACCGAUGCCGAUGUCUUCCUUAACAUCUUUGGAGAGAAUGGAGAUACAGGGGAGAGGAGGCUGGACAAUGAUAAAAACAACUUUGAGAAAGGAGCGGAAGACAAAUUCACCAUCGAUUCCCCGAACAUGGGAAAACUCAGGAAGAUCACGAUCGGACAUAACAAUAAAGGAGGCUCCGCCGGCUGGUUCCUGGACAAGGUUAUUAUUGAAGAUAUUGGGAAUAAAUCGGUUUAUGAAUUCCCCUGCGGCCGCUGGCUUGCUAUUGAUGAAGACGAUGGAAAAAUUCAGAGAGACAUCUUGGUGGGCGGCAGCGAGGCGACCGGCAUCGUUUAUAACGUCUCCAUAAUGACGGGCGAUAUCAGAGGAGCCGGAACCAACUCCAAGGUCCAUGUGAUUCUUCACGGAUCCAAAGGUGUAAAGAACAGCGGGAAGAUCUUUCUGGAAGGAGGAGAGUUUGAGCGCGGCAGGAUCGACAUCUUUAACAUCGAGAUCGCGGCAUUACUCAGUCCUCUGAGCAGAGUCACUGUCGGUCAUGACGGACGAGGCGUCAGCUCGGGCUGGUACUGCGAGAAGGUGGUAGUCUACUGCCCAUUCACCGGCAUCGAGCAGACGUUCCCCUGCGGGAAAUGGCUCGACGAAGAUGAAGGAGAUGGUUUGAUAGAGCGCGAGCUCUACGAAAUGGUGUCCCUGCGCCAGAAGAGGCAGAAAAAACAUCCGUGGUCUCUUUGGAUAUGGACGAGCGACAUUAAAAAUGCCGGCACAGACGCCAAUAUCCUCCUCCAGAUCUACGGAGAGAAGGGAAAAUCCGAUGAAAUGAAACUGGACAACAACUCGGACAACUUCGAAACGGGGCAGAUCGACAAGUUUAUGAUCGAACUCCCUGAUUUGGGAAUAUUAUAUAAACUCAGAAUUUGGCACGAGAAGAGGAAUGCUUUCGCUGGUUGGCAUUUAAACAAGGUGACGCUCCUAAAAACAUUGACUAAGGAGAAAUACACCUUCAAAUGUGGACGUUGGUUGGAUCUCAAUGAAGAUGACAAUGAAAUAUUAAGGGAGCUUCCGGCGGAUGGACCAUUGGUGGCCGAUGUCUUGCCAGUGGUAAAGUAUCGAGUGACGGUUCACACGGGGAAGGUGAGUGGAAGCGGGACGGACGCCAACGUGUUCAUCUGCCUCUUCGGAGAUCUCGGUGACACAGGAGAGCGUUUCCUCAUCGACUGCAAGAACAACAUGAAUAAGUUUGAAAAAGGCAACGCCGACGAGUUCAUCAUCGAAGCUGUGACUCUUAAGCAAGUGAGAAGGGUACGCAUAGGACAUGAUGGGAAAGGAGGAGGCUGUGGCUGGUAUCUCGAAAAGGUUGUGGUCCGAGAGGAAGGGAAACCAGAGACAGAGGCCGUGGAGUUUCCGUGCAACAGGUGGUUUGACCGGAAUGAGGAUGACGGGCACAUUAUUCGAGAACUGGUACCUGUCGGUGACUCCCAGAUGCUGAGAAGCAUCAGCUACCACUUCCAGAUUAAAACCGGCGAUGUCAGCGGAGCCAGCUCCGAUUCCCGUGUCUUCGUCAAGCUUUAUGGAGAGAAAGGGGAUACUAACAAGCAGUUCCUUCUGGUCUCCGAUAACGAUCUUGGAGAUAACUUUGAGAGAGGGCGAGUGGAUAACUUCACCAUCAAUACCAUUGAUAUCGGGAAGAUCAAUAAGCUUUUGAUCGGCCAUGAUAACGUAGGGAUACGAGCCGGCUGGUUUCUGGCGAAUGUGGUUGUCCAAGUUCCGGCCCAUGGCAAGCAGUACAUGUUCCCGUGUAACCGCUGGCUCUGCAAGGAUGAAUGCGAUGGCAAAGUGGAGGUGGAAGUCUACGCCAGCGAGGUUAAAGACAUUGAGAAGCUGGUUAAUUACGAGGUCCUCGUAACUACCGGCAACGUCCGUGGAGCCGGUACCAACGCUAACGUGUUCAUGCAGCUGUACGGCGACGGCGGGAAAACCGAGGAGACCUUCUUGAGAAGCCGGUCAAAUGACUUUGAAAGAGGAGCAGUUGACGUAUUUAAGGUAGAGGCAGCCGACGUCGGCAAGAUUCUGAAACUUAGAAUCGGACACGACGGUAAAGGGUUUGGCGACGGCUGGUACCUAGAGUCGGUGGAGAUCAAGAGACUCGGGGUGCAAAUGGUUCCUGUGGUGGACAAGACAGAGAAGAAGAAAGGCAAAGACAAAAAGAAGAAGAAAUCCAGCAGAGAAGAGGAAGAAGAGCUAAAACCCAUGGAAGUGGUGGAGUCGUACAAGUUUGAGUGCAAGCGCUGGCUGGCACGCGGAGAAGGGGAUGGAGAGCUGGUGGUGGAGCUUCUUCCUCAGGAAACGUCUGGCCUUGAAGAGAACAUGUAUGAGCUUCACGUGUUCACCGGCAACGUCUGGGGAGCUGGGACCGAUGCCAACGUGUUUGUUACCAUCUAUGGUGAGAUCGGUGAUACCGGUGAACGCCAGCUGAAAAAGGCAAACCAUCUAAACAAGUUUGAGAAAGGACAGGAAGACAUAUUUACCGUAUGUGCCGUAGAUUUGGGGGAACUGAAAAAGCUGAGAAUCCGGCAUGAUAAUUCCGGGAGCAACGCCGGCUGGUUCCUCGAUAGGGUCGAGAUCGUGGACAAGAAGGAUGACGCAAAGUACUUUUUCCCGUGCCAGAGGUGGCUGGCCGUCGACGAGGAUGACGGUCAGAUUUCCAGGCAGUUGGUGCCAGUGAAUGAAGCUUUUAUGAAGAAGGAUGAGGACGGAGAAGAACAAUCUCUUGCUACACUGGGCUUAGAGCAGAAAGCCAAAUCAACAACAUACACCGUGAGAGUAAAGACUGGGGAUAAGAAGAAUGCUGGAACAGAUGCCAAUAUAUUCAUCAUUCUUUAUGGAGAGAAGGAUGACACUGGGUUUAUGAAUCUUAAGGCCUCCAAAACAAACAAGAAUAAGUUUGAGCGAGGCCAGAUCGACGUGUUCACCGUGGAGGCCGUGGACAUCGGUCCGCUCGCCAAAUUAAAAAUUGGACACGAUAACAAAGGGAGCUCGGCCGGUUGGUUCUUGGACUGGGUAGAAAUCGACGCUCCUUCGCUCGGCCAACGGAUGAAAUUCCCUUGUGGUCGCUGGUUGGAUAAGACCGAAGAUGAUGGCGCGAUCGAGAGAUACCUUUUUCCUUCUGACUUACAGACUGAGCAAUAUGUCCCAUUUGUGCCGUAUGAGAUCACCGUUUACACCAGUGACGUAUUCGGAGCCGGGACGGACGCCGAUGUUUUCAUCGUCCUGUACGGCAGGGAUGGAGUGUGCACUCAGCAGAAGUCCCUGUGCGUCAACAAGAGGGAGAGACGCAUGUAUUUUGAGAGGAACUCGGUGGACCAGUUCAUCGUGGAGCUAGAGGACAUCGGAGACGUGAUUGAGAAAAUCCGCAUCGGGCACAAUGACAAAGGUCUCAACUCAGGGUGGCAUUUGGACAGAGUGGAGAUCAGAAGACUGCUCCCUAAUGGAAAGGGAUCACAGACGGUCACCUUCCCGUGCGAACGAUGGCUGGCCAAAUCGGAGGAGGACGGGGAAACCGUCAGGGAGCUGGUGCCGUCGGACAUCUUCACCGAAAAGCUCAUGAAAGACGGGACCUUGAAGCAAAUUGAUAUGGAGGUGGAGGACCCCUUGGAAACGCACACGUACAGCGUGUCGGUAUUCACCGGUGACAUCUACGGGGCCGGGACGGACGCCAACGUCUUCCUCACCGUCUACGGAGAUUUGGGGGAUACCGGGGAGAGGAAGCUCAGCAAGUCCGAGACUAAUUCCAACAAGUUUGAGAGAGGACAGGUGGAUAAGUUCACGAUAGAGGCCGUCGAUCUGGGCACCAUUUUCAAGAUUAAGAUCCGGCACGAUAACGCGAUGCUGAACCCCGACUGGUACCUGGAGAGAGUGGAGAUCUUAAACGAAAGCACGGAGGAGACCUAUUUAUUCGUCUGCGAGCGCUGGCUCUCCACCAAGAAAGAAGACAAGAGAAUCGAAAGGAUCCUUUACGAGAAGGAUUAUGAUGGAGAACGAACCAGCCUGGGCAGUUCAUCAAAAAGUCAUUGGGGAUCGUCCCUCAGCCUCAGGAGCCAAGACAACAACGCCAACGUCAAGGGCCGAAACAGUGUAGACGGCUCUCUGCAGGAAGGACAAAUGAUCCCUUAUCACAUCACCAUCACCACUGGCCAGGACCGAGACGGAGGCACGGACAGCCGGGCCUACGUCAUCAUCAUGGGAGCGCAGAAAACGAAAACAGAGAGGCUUUGGCUGGAUCUCCCGAAAGAGAAGAAAGGUUUUGCGCCGGGCUCCGUGGAGAAGUUCUCGGUGGUGGGACUCGACGUGGGCGAGAUCAAAAGAAUGGAGCUGGGUCAUGAUGGGUCAACUCCAGAGAGCUGUUGGCUAGUGGAAGAAAUACAGCUUAACGUCCCUACCAAAGGAGUCAUGUAUACCUUUGUAUGCAAAUGUUGGUUUGCCAAAGACAGAGGAGAUGGUUUGACUGCACGCGUCUUCAAUAUGCUGGAUGCAAAUGCCAUUACGAUUGGCCAUAAGAUUCUGUACGAGGUCACCGUUGUCACCGGUGAUGUUCCGAAUGGUGGAACCGAUGCCAAUAUUUAUAUGACGUGCUUUGGAGCCAGCGGGAGCUCGGAGGAAAUGAUUCUGCCAAAAUGCGGAGACAGGUUUGAGAGAGGCCAACGAGACACUUUUGUCAUGGAGAUCGCAGAUAUCGCACCCCUGAAGAAGAUGAGGAUACGUAUCGAUGGGAAGGGCAGCCGUCCUGAAUGGUUUCUUGAAAAGAUCGUUCUGAAGAACACGGUGACCGAGGAGGACACAACCUUUACGUACGGAGACUGGCUGUCAAAGACCAAAGGUGAGAAGAAGGCAUUGUCCUGUGAAAUGGCUGCUGUGGUGGACGACGAAGAGAUGGUGGACACCACUACGUACAUCAUCAAUGUCAGGACCAGCGAUGUUACAGGCGCUGGUACGGAUGCCAACGUGUUCUUGGUCGUUUUUGGAGAGAAUGGGGACUCGGGAACGCUGGCACUGAAGCAAUCAAAUAAUUCCAACAAGUUUGAAAGAAAUCAGAUGGAUGUUUUCAGGUUCCCUGAUAUGCUGAGCCUUGGAGACCUCUGCAAAGUCCGUGUCUGGCACGAUAACUCGGGUAUCGGCCCCGGCUGGCACUUGGAAUUUAUAGAAGUAAAGGAUGAAACGAUGAAUAAGACGUUCCGGUUCCAAUGCGACCGCUGGCUGGCAAAGAAUGCAGACGAUAAGCAGAUCAUAAGAGAGCUUGCUUGUGCCAAUAACGAUAUACUGGAUCUAAAAGAACGUACAUCGUAUGAAAUUGUGACGGUGACAAGUGACCGAGACGAUGCAGAAACCAAGGAAAACGUCUGGAUCAUCUUAGAGGGGAAGAAAGGCAGGUCCAAAGAGUUUCUGCUGGAAAACUCAUCCAAAAAGAGAAGAUUUGCACGGAACGCGACAGACGUCUUUAAAUUUUCCUCGAAGAACAUUGGCGACGUUGCUGCCAUUUGUGUUGGCCUUUGUCCUAAAGACGGAAGGAAAUUCUCCCCCAAACCAGAUCUGUAUUGGCAUGUGAAAGAGAUCACCGUCACGGAGACUGAACUUGGGAACCAAUAUAUUUUUCACUGCAAUGCCAAGAUCCCGCUCCGUAACAAGAGAGAUGAUUACAAAGUCUUCGAGUGUGCCAAGACCAUAGAGAGCUUUGCCAGCCGUGCCCGUAGCCUGGUUCCCGUCAAAUACGAGGUCAUCGUUGUCACCGGUUUCGAGAAGGGAGCGGGAACAGAUGCCAACGUCUUCCUCACCAUGUACGGCUCCAACGGGGACUCGGGGCAGCACUCUCUAAAGCAGAAGAUGCGCAAUCUGUUUGAGCGCGGGAAGACCAACCGGUUUUACAUCGAGACCUUGGACUUGGGAGAGCUGAAAAAAGUGCGAGUGGAACACGAUAACAGCGGCAUCAAUCCCGGCUGGCUCCUGGAGAGGGUUGAGGUCACCAAUUCCGCCACGGGCGUCACUACCAUAUUCCCCUGUGGCAAGUGGCUGGACAAGAAGAGAGGAGAUGGCCAGAUCUGGAGAGAAUUGUUUCCAAGAUACUAAUGCGUGUUCAUUGACAACCAACGCAAUGAGGUUAAUUAACCCCUUAAUGACAAAGCCCG